AUGGAGAGCGCGCAGGGCCCGCAGCGCAAAGCCAGGGCGCGUUCCCGACCCCGCCACCAGGGCCGCCCCGAGGGCGGGGACACCCAUCCCCGCCUCCGCCCCUCCCCCGGCGGUGCCCCGCACAGGCCCCGCCGCCCCGCGCCCACUGGCGAGAACGUCGGAGACGCGGCGCAUGCGCAGAGCGCCGCCACGCCUGGUCUCCCCCCCCCCCGGCCGCCCCCCACGCUGCUCGGAGCUUGUCCUGCUCAGUCAGAGCCGAGCCGGCAAAUCCCCGCGUGGCGGCUGAGGCGCCGCGGCGCUCGCUCCUGGUGCCUCCCGGGCCGUAGCGGGCUCAGGUGCGCCUUAGCUCGGCUCAGUGCCAUGAUCCGGCAGGAACUCUCCACAUCCUACCAGGAGCUGAGUGAGGAGUUGGAACAAGUGAUUGAGAACUCAGAUCAGGCAGACCAGGAGACAGACAAAGUCCAAGGUCCAAGUGCUUUACCGGUCCCUAAGAAAGUUGCCCUGAUUGUCCGGGGGCCCCGGGAAGUAAAGAAGCGGGAGCUAGUCUUCCUCCAGUUCCGCCUGAACCAGAGCAAUGAGGACUUCAGCGCUAUCGAUUACCUCCUCUUCUCCUCAUUCCAGGAAUUCCUGCAGAGCCCAGACAGGGCAGGCUUCAUGCAGGCCUGUGAGAGUGCCUACUCCAGCUGGAAGUUCUCUGGGGGCUUCCGCACCUGGGUUAAGAUGUCACUGGUGGAGACCAAGGAGGAGGAUGGACGGGAGGCAGUGGAAUUCCGGCAAGAGACCAGUGUGGUUAACUACAAUGACCAGAGGCCAGCUGCUGAGAAAAGCAUUCAGUUGUUCUUUGUGGUCUUCGAGUGGAAAGAUCCUUUCAUACAGAAAGUCCAAGAUAUAAUCACAGCCAAUCCUUGGAACACAAUUGCUCUUCUUUGUGGAGCCUUCUUGGCAUUAUUUAAAGCAGCAGAGUUUGCCAAAUUGAGCGUGAAGUGGAUGAUUAAAAUUAGGAAGCGGUAUCUUAAAAGAAGAGGCCAAGCUACAAACCACAUAAGCUGAAGUCACCUUGAUCCUUACAGAACUGCUACGUUAAUAGAAGUCCUCCUCAUGCCUGUGUUAAUCAUGGAGCCACCAGCAAUCCUGUACUCACUUGAAGAAAGGGAUCUUGCAGGGAGGAACAGCCUGUCAGAUUGGAACUUCUAGCCCAGAAAGAGGCUGUUUCAAGCUUAAUGAAAAAUAUCCAAUGGAUAACCUGAAUGCUAUUUAAAUACUUAAAUUAUUAAUGUUGUACAGAGCUGUCUGAUGUCUUGAGCAGGAGCAAGGUUUGUGGAAGAUAUGCCUUUCUUACUUGGUUCACUGUAUAGUUAGGCUCCAAUAGGGGACAGUUAAGACUGCACUUCUACUUUAGGCUUUUCCUUGAGGUUUUUAAAGGAGCAGAUAGGAGUGUGGUUUUUACUGAAAAUCUUGACUGUCAAAAUGUGUGGGUCACGUUUUAGAACCUCUGCACUGUAUGCAACGAAGAAAGGCAAAACCCUUAUGACUUUGGCACUAUCCCCCAGUGCUAACCAGGGUCUGACAAGCUCUCUCAUUUGUUAAAUAGCAAAUGAGACAUUAACAACUAUUUAAAACUAGUGAUUACAUUUCUUAUGGCCUAACUAGCCACCUAGUUCUCUGGCUAGAAUCUCUGUUCAGGUAUAUGUGAGUUUAGUAAUUAACCCCCAAACCACUAAUACAGAUGUACAUAGUAAGUGCCUACUCGGUAUAUUUUGAUUUCAUUAACAGGUAAAUAAAAGUUGAAUUGAUAGAAAAGGAA